AUUGUUUUGGAACUUCUGAGGAAAAAUAUUUUGUGAAAUAUAUUGAUAGAAUAUAUGAUAAACUUCAAGAAAAAUACGAUCAAAUUUAUUUAGUCCGUAAUGAACGAUUUUUUAAACUUUAUAAUUUUGAAGACGGAAAGCCUUUUGAACCGGAUUAUGUGCUAUUUUUACGGCAAAAAAAUCCUUCUAAAAAAUCGUAUUAUCAGGUUUUUAUUGAGCCGAAAGGUGCUUAUCUUAAAGAAAAAGAGAUUUGA